UAAACGACCAAGUACUGCCAUGUCAAUUGUACUUUAUCGGCGAAAAGAAAACAAAAUGGAUGCCUUUUGUAAACACCGCACAAGUCCAAUAAGAAUGAGUCGAAUCCGCAGAAUGGAAGUCGAUCGAAAAACAAGUGAUCGUCAGUACAAUAUUUAAAUUUUUUAUCAAAUGGCGGGCUCUUUGAGAUUUUCAAUAUUUUUAUGUUCAUUUGUUUUUGUGUUUUCUAAGGAGCCCCAUUCUAAACUGAAUUUGGAGUAUAAGGACCGAGAUCCCAAAGGCUUUAUGAACCUGUUCAAUAAUGAAGAGCCCUUUACGGAGAAUGACAGGUUCGCUCGUCAUGUUAAAGCAGUAACGGAGACUGUGCUGGAGCAUCUACUGAACGAGAUAAAAGAACAAUACUUCAGCGCCAACUACAACUCGAACAGCCCGAUCCCAAGGCUGAUACGAAACCUAAACAAAGAGCUGAAAAGAAACGAGAGAAACAAACUAAUGAAAGAGAAGGAGAAGAGAAAGAACGCAAGCAAGAAGAAGAAUAAGAUGGGCAAGAGGAAACAGAAACUGACGACCGCCAGAACGACCUAUUAAAUAAAAAUAGAGAUUUAGUAGUUUUAUAAUUUAUUACCGAUGUUCUGAGUGAUUUAGAUAAAUACAUUUAUGAAAACUAUCGUGUAUUUAUUGUACCUUCAAUUUUAGGAUGAUAUUGAUCGUAGCUUAUAGCUCGACCAAGAAUAAAAAAUAAUAUUUCUACUACCUCUUCAAUUUCUAGUAGCCCACUAUAUCUUGUUCAAGAUUUUUUU